AUGCCCGCAGGAGAUGCGGGCUGGCGCCCCCCCCCAGAGCGCCCACCCCUUUGCCCGCAGCGCCACACCGUGCCGGCCCCCCGAGGUGAAGGCAGUGGCGUGGGAUGGACAGGCCAGGACCUCGUCGGCUGCUGCAAUCGCUUUGUGCAGAGCCUCCAUUCUCCCCUCUACACCCUCAGAGGCAUCCGGGUGGGAUACCGGGAGCCCGCAUCCACACGAAAGAUGAGAUAUAAAAGGGAGAGAGAUUUUCUGCUCUCUUGCUCCCUGGCCAAAGCCGAGUCCAGCGCAUUUGCAGACGCCUCCAGCGAGAAAGGGAGAGGAAGAGAUAAGGGGGCGGGGGAAGAAGAAGAAGAAAAAGAAGAAAAGGUAAAAAGUCUUCCUGGAGAGCCGUUCGCGUGUGCAACCAAGACCUUGGGGGCUGGGGAGCGACCCGGGGACCCAGGGCUGCGGUGUCCGCAGCGAGCUCAGCGGCAGGGCUCCGGCGCGAGCUCCCGAAAGCGACUUCCACGGGCGGCUCUAACCACGCCAGCACCGCGACAGCCGCCCCGCCACUAUGUCUCCCGAUCUGUCGCCCAGUCCUCUUUAGAAGCGACAGUCCUCCUCCCCGAAAGACACUAUCCUCCCUUCCUCUAAAGCGCUUUAG